UGCCGAACCCAGGCGGGCUGGCUCAGUAAAGCGGAGGCACCGGGGGAAGAUGGCGGCGGUCGUUCCGCAGCGGGCCUGGACCGUGGAGCAGCUGCGCAGCGAGCAGCUCCCUAAGAAGGACAUUAUCAAGUUUCUGCAGGAUCACGGUUCAGAUUCGUUUCUUGCAGAACAUAAGUUAUUAGGAAACAUUAAAAAUGUGGCCAAGACAGCUAACAAGGACCAUUUGGUUACAGCCUAUAACCAUCUUUUUGAAAGUAAGCGUUUCAAGGGUACUGAAAGUAUAAGCAAAGUGUCUGAGCAGGUGAAAAAUGUGAAGCUUAAUGAAGAUAAACCCAAAGAAACCAAGUCUGAAGAGACUCUGGAUGAGGGUCCACCAAAAUAUACAAAAUCUGUUCUUAAAAAAGGAGAUAAAACCAACUUUCCCAAAAAGGGAGAUAUUGUUCACUGCUGGUAUACAGGAACACUACAGGAUGGGACUGUUUUUGAUACUAAUAUUCAAACGAGUUCGAAGAAGAAGAAAAAUGCCAAGCCUUUAAGUUUUAAGGUUGGGAUAGGCAAAGUUAUCAGAGGAUGGGAUGAAGCACUCUUGACUAUGAGUAAAGGAGAAAAGGCUCGACUGGAGAUUGAACCAGAAUGGGCUUAUGGAAAGAAAGGACAGCCUGAUGCCAAAAUUCCACCAAAUGCAAAACUUAUUUUUGAAGUGGAAUUAGUGGAUAUUGACUGAAAUAGUAAAGACAUCAGCAACAAUAAAACACAGCCUUGAAGAAACUUGGGUGUCUAGAACUGGUUACUACUGUAAGGGAAGAGUCAACUGGAAAAUUCAAGAAGUUAAGUUAGAACUUGUUUACUUGAUCCCCAACUUCUAAGAAAUGUAAUCCAUUAUAAAUCCUUGAAGUUUAAAAUAUUUUACUACAGCUGUGUAGAAUAUCACUUAAAGAGAACUGACUUGCCUUUUACCUCAUGUUGUAAACUAAAAGGCUCAAUAAAAAUUUAUCCUAUAUCUUGA